AUGGCCCCCAAGUCCAAGGCUCCCCGCGCUCCCCAGGAGAACAUCUCCCUCGGACCUCAGGUUCGCGAUGGCGAGCUCGUCUUCGGCGUUGCCCGCAUCUUCGCCUCCUUCAACGACACCUUCGUCCACGUCACCGAUCUCACUGGCCGUGAGACCAUCUGCCGUGUCACUGGUGGCAUGAAGGUUAAGGCCGAUCGUGACGAGUCCUCCCCCUACGCCGCCAUGUUGGCCGCUCAGGACGUCGCUGUCCGCUGCAAGGAGCUCGGCAUCACCGCCCUCCACAUCAAGAUCCGCGCCACCGGCGGUAACGGCACCAAGACCCCCGGCCCCGGUGCCCAGUCUGCCCUCCGCGCCCUCGCCCGUUCCGGCAUGAAGAUUGGCCGCAUUGAGGACGUCACCCCCACCCCCUCCGACUCUACCCGUCGCAAGGGUGGUCGCCGUGGUCGUCGUCUCUGA